AUGACCUUUGGCAAAAACAAAAGCUGGCAGGCUGCUGAGCUCAAACCAGUUGGUUCCCGGCUGAAAAAUGCGCUGUUUACCAACUGGUGUGUCACCUGGACGUCGCCACAGAAUCCAGUCUACAAUUACCAAGCAUAUACAGCAUCUCAAUAUUUCCUUUUUGGCGGCAGACUACGCAGCCUGAGACUCUCUGACCUGUACGAUUACUCCACAUUUAUCUCCACCAUAGUACUUCACGUUGCAUCUUUGCCGCUGUAUAUCAUAUUUGAAGCAAAAUACACAUGGACCCAUAUUUCACCCGCUAUAAUUUUUAUUUUUUGCUACCUUUGGUGCCUGUCAGCCGUAUGUUUUGUUCGUGCAGCCUUUCAGGACCCGGGGUUACUUCCGCGAAAUAUUCAUCUGGUGGAUAACGUUGUCCGCAAUGGGCUGCCCAUUGAAUACUUUAACAAUCCGAUUGUGGACGGACCAAAAUCGAAGGUGGAGCUGAAGUACUGUACAACAUGUUACAUCUGGAGACCUCAAGGAACCGGAACAAAAAAACGUCACUACCGAUACGGCUUUUCUUUUUUGACCGUUCCGGUUUUCACCGCCACCAAAAAUUUUUACGCACAAGAGGUAUUUAAAUCGCUCGCCAGUCUCUUGAUAUCGUUCGUCAUGAAGGUGUUCAAUUCGACACAAUUUUACAACUACUCGUGGGAUUAUGUAAGCGCUGCCAACUGGUGCAAGUACCCAAACGAGCUGAGUACUCAUGUCGUGGGCGUUGAUGUUCUUCGUCGGGAGUUUGAUCCGGACAAGGGAACCUUGACCACGGAACGCCUUAUCACGUGCAAACAGCCAAUUCCGCGCUGGCUGAUGUUUCUUGUUGGCGGGCAGGACAAGUCGUAUGUGCGGGAGGUCUCAGUGAUAGAUAGAAACCAGCGGACCCUGACCAUGCGGUCUUGCAACCUGACCAUGUGCAAGCUUUUGAGAGUUUACGAGACGGUGGUGUACAGGCCAGACCCUGUGUCACCAGCCACGCGCACGCGGUUUGACCAGGUGGCCGAAAUCACAGCAUUUGCGUCUCUGCGCCAGCUUUGCGACAAGCUCGAGGACUGGUCGGUUGAGCGGUUUGGCCAGAACGCGCGCAAAGGGAAGCUUGGGUUCGAUUCAGUCCUGAAAAACUUGGAGGAACAGUGGCACGGAUUAGCCGGCAAAACACAGACUUUGCUUGAUGAAGUUAACGAAAAAACGAACGAUGUCAUGUCGGAAGUCAACGAGAAAACAGGGACUCUGGCGAAAGCACUCGGAUACAAAAACUAG